AUGACAGCUCAACCUGCAAGAACCAACGGUGACAUCCCCCAUUCCUCGACGGAAAAGACCACUCCUUCCUCCUCCGUACCACCAAGGGUGGUACUGGCAGGAAAGGCAGGAAGGAUCCUGUGUGUAGCUGACAUCCGUGGUGAUUACCACGAGUUGAACAGACUCAUAAGAGAACAUGAAGCUACAGCUGUCAUCCACACUGGUGAUUUCGGAUUCAUGAAUGCAGACAGUGUGCCUCGUAUGGGUGACAAGAUUCUACGACAUCUCAUCACAUAUUCACCAUUGAUACCACUCGGUACACGAAAUCAACUGUUAUCAGAAGAAUUGGGCUUGGACAGACAAUCUUUGAUCGAACAAUUGAACAAUUCAUCGGUACAUUUCCCGCUCUCACAAUUCCCCCAUUUACUCUCAGGUGCCAUCAACUUCCCUGUACCUGUGUUCACAGUCUGGGGAUUGAUCGAAGAUGUUAGGGUAUUAGAAAAGUUUAGAACGGGAGAAUAUGAAGUGAACAAUCUGUUCAUCAUCGACGAAGCUACCUCGAGAGUCGUAGACGUAGGCGGAGUGAAGUUGAGAUUGUUCGGAUUAGGUGGUGCAGUCACUCCUCAUAAAAUGUGUGAGGGAUUCGCAACUAUCGCUGGUGGAUCAGGUACCAUGUGGUCGAGUGCUUUACAGAUGGGAGAGUUGAUAGAUACCGCUCAACGAGUUUACGACGCUUCCGAGACUCGUCUCUUCAUCUCCUCGGCCCCCAUUCGUAAUGGCCUCAUAUCGUUGAUCGCCAACGCUUUGAAAGCCGAUCUCACUAUUUCAGGCGGUCUACACUUCCGAUAUCCUGUUUCAUUCAACGAGUACUCCAUUCAUGAACAUUACGAGCAAUACACCCAGAAACUUCUCACCGCUUCUAGACAUUUCACCGAAGUCUACGAUGCCGUACGAGAUAAAGUGGACAGUAGUAUGAGCGAACAACAACAGGCCUUAUUGAGGAAGAUUACCGCUGCUGUGACUAAGAUGCCUAUAGAAUCGGAUCAGACUUGGACAAACACAUGGAAUUGGAUCCUCUCUGAUGCCUCAUGCGGACAUAUGGUACUUUCCAUUGCCGAUUGUAGAGUGUCAGCCGAGACGAAGACAGCUGGUCUCAAUUUCGCUCACAGAAGUGGGCAAGGUCCAAGCCUUCCAUCCGCUCCUAUCCCUGCGUCCACUACCGCUCCGGUCGCUCGACGCCCCGAUGCUACUGAAGCUCCUAAAACUAUCGCACCUACUCGAGCACCGAUCGGUCCAGGGAGUGCCACUGCCAGUAAAGCCGGUCAACCUUCUGGCGGUCCACCAACCGGUCCCAACUCGUUCAAGAAUGGCAUCAACCGAACGAACUCGGCCAGACCCCUACCCCCUUCUGCUACAACAGCUUCCCCCGCACCCGUGGCACCUGCUAAUACCACCUCCAAUGCGAAUGGAUCUAUUCCCGUAAAACCGCCUACUCAACCACGUGGACGAGGUGGUAAUAUCGCCGGUCAAGCAUUCGCAGCUGCUGGUGCGGUGAAAGACAAGAUCGUGGAAGCCGUCAAGCCAGGCUCUAAUACUUCAACAUCGAAAUCACCUGCUUCUGCACCAGCGAAACCACCAACUCCUAGUAUGAGCGUCAAACCUACCGUUACCUCUGACAAGACGACCAAAGACGAGACAAAGAAGACAGCACCAGCAACUAAUGGUGCUUCGACCAAUGGUGCGUCGAGCGAAGCUGGAAACACUUCAACUGAGUCUAAGGAAGGAGCCAAACCUGCUCAUAGUCGAGAAGGGUCUGGUGAAGUCAGAACUAAGAAAGCCAACUCUUUGUACCUCAAGGGAUUACCCGAAGCUACUACAGAAGAGGAGAUUAAGGGUUUAUUUAAAGAUCAAGCUGAUAAGAUUGCUGUAGUGAAAAUUAUAUCCGAUAGAAUGACGAAUAAACAAAAGGGUUUCGGAUACGUUGAUUUCUCAAAUGAGGAGGACAUGAAUGCUGCCUUGAAAGUAGCUGAAGGUGCUAAGAUUAGAGAUAAGGUUAUUCAAGUCGAAGUUUCCAACCCGCCUACUCGAUCUUUCCCCGACAGUGGAUUCAGAGGUAGAGGGGGACGAGGUGGUCCCAGCGGGUUUAGAGGUGGCAGAGGAGGAAGAGGAUUUGGAUCGAUUAGUGGUGGGUUGGGAAGAAAGGAUGGUGUAGCUGGUGAGAGUAAGGAAGGUGGUGCUACUGCUGCUGCUGCUGCUGUAUCGGCGGGAGAGAAGAAAGAGUAA